GGAACUAGCCGCCACCCAUUGUUUGGCGCUGUGUCGCGCCUCCUUGCUCCUGUAAUUGUUUCUUAUGUUUGGAUCACCACAGUCACGAGACUAGCGUGACAUCACAAGUCAUUUAGCCGGAUUGGAACAAGCAAGUCUCAGUGUUGCACAAUAUCACUGACCAUGAACAAGAAGCUGCCUGAGCGGAUCCUGAAUCACAUCCUGGAGAUUCUCUACCUGCUGACGGGAGAGCGUUUGUCUUACACACUGAUAACACCCAACAUGACCAAGGACAAGACGACUGAGAUGAUACUGAAUCACACCCUGGAGAUCAUGUGCCUGCUGACAGGGGAGGUGCCUAUAAAGUAUGAUGAUGUUGCCGUGUAUUUCUCUAUGGAGGAGUGGGAUUAUAUAGAGGGACACAAGGAGCUUUACAAGGACGUCAUGAUGGAGACUCAGCAAGCACUAAGGACUAUGGAGAUCCCAGGAAACGAGAGCGCAGGUGACGUAUUAAAUGCUAAACCUACAGAAUACCUGUGUAUUGGGAGUCAGCUGGAACCUCCGGAGCAGGAAAUCUGUGUCCCUAUAAAUAAAGUUAACUCCGACAUAAUAAAAGUGGAGGAAAUAGAUCUGUGUAUAGUAAACCCUAUUGAAAGUGAUGAAGAUACCGACUUUGAAAACCAGGAGGAUACAGACACAACAGAUCUAUCUUUGAGUUGGGAUAUUCCUAGUCAAGGUCAAAGUGUAGACGCUUCCUUCAGUCCUUUCAAAGAUCAACCAAGUCACGUGGGAAAUAAAUUAUAUCCAUGUUCUGUAUGUGGUAAACGCUUUUCCCAAAAAUCGCAUCUUGUUGCUCAUCAGAAAAUUCACACAGGAGAAAGAGAAUUUGCCUGCCCUAUAUGUGGGAAAUGUUUUAUCCGGCAAUCAAAUCUUAUUUCUCAUCAAAAAAUACAUAUAGGGGAGAAAGCAUUUUCAUGUUCUGAUUGUGGAAAGUGUUUUAAAUGGAAAUCGAAUCUUAUUACUCAUCAGAAAAUUCAUACCGGAGUGAAAUCUUUCUUGUGUCUUCAGUGUGGGAAAUGUUUUACCCAACAAUCAGGUUUAAUAAUACACCAGAAAAUUCAUACAGGAGAGAAAGCAUUUUCAUGCUCUGAAUGUGGGAAAUGUUUUAACCGGAAAUCACAUCUUAUUGCACAUCAGAAAAGACAUACCGGAGAAAAAGAAUUUGUAUGUGAUGAAUGUGGCAAAUGUUUUACCCAGCAAUCAAGUCUUAUAAGACACCGGAAUAUUCAUAAAGACGAGAAAGCGUUUUCGUGUUCUGAAUGUGAUAAAUGUUUUGACCGUAAGUCAAGUCUUAUUUCUCAUCAAAAAAAUCAUACAGGAGAGGAAACAUUACCAUGUUCUAAAUUAGGGUAAUGUGUUUUUUUAUGAUGAAAAAUAAGAAUUGGCUUACUGCUACAACAGCAUAUAGAACUAAGUACACAUCAGAGGACACAACGAAACAGAAGUGGACACUUUAAAGAAACACUAAAGUCAAAACUAAACGUUUAUGAUUCAGAUAGAGCACACAAAUUUAAACAACUUUCCAGUUAAUUUCCAUUAUUUAAAUAUGCACAUUUUUUUAUUUGCACACUUUUUGAGGCACCAUCUCCUACUGAGCAUGUGCAAGAAAUUACAGAAUAUAUGUAUAUGCAUUUUGUGAUUGGCUAGGGGCUGUCACAUGAUGCAGUAGGAGGGAAAAAUAUAGCUGACUUUAAAAUUUGUCAGAAAGAAAUCUACUACUCAUUUGAAAUUCAAACUAAGUGACUUUGCAUUGUCUGUUUAUUAUGCAUUUACUGAUUAUACAAUUCCGCUGUGUUUAGUGGUCCUUUAAUAGAUGCUAAGCUCGUUGAGUAUUCUUCCUCUUUGUCUAAGGGGAAUAAAACUAGAAUUUGUAAAUGCUUUACAGCCACAAAUAAAGUAUUUAUUGUUUUUUAAAUUAUGUUUGUAGAUAGAGACUUUGAGGCCGAUUUAUCAAUGUCUGUCUGACAUAAUACGAUGUAGCGUAUCAUGUUCGACAGACAUCGCUUGAACUGCUUGUGCAAUGCCGCCUCUGCAGAUUCGCUGCCAAUCGGCCGCUAGCAGGGGUCGCAGCCUCAGAGGCAGUGGACCAGUUAAGGUGCAGCAGUCUUAAGAAGGCUCGCGCGGCAUCAGGGGGGCCAUUCCGCCCUUGAUAAAUCGGCCCCAUAGAGUAAUCUAUGCAUAAUUAAACAUUUUAUAAUUGAAUAACUAUCCUUAUUUAUUUUGCCCCCUUCCUUUUAGUUAACUGUAAGUUUUGCCAUUUUUAAGAUAUGAAAUGCACAUUACAGACUUCUCAAGUCUAACUCUGCUACAUAUCUGACCCUAAUUGGUCCCAGCAGCUGUAAAAAGAACUACAAAUCAGUAUAUAUUUUGCAAACAAAAAUAUACAUAUCCUGAUUGGCUACUCCUAAUAAGGAAAUGUUAGGUGGAGUUAAGCUUUGGAUAAACAAUUGCAGCAAAUAAAGUUAUUGUGCUAAAAGAAAUUACACUCUACUAGAAUGUUAAUUUAUUGCAAUACAGCAGAAAAUUACUGUAAUCACAAUGUGUUUACUAAACACUAAAUAAAUACUAGAUAGAAUGAUGCAGCCAGAAAAAACCCGAUCAAUUUGAGAAUAACAUGUAGAUAUAUUUUUUUUCAACGUUUCAUUAGUUGUUAAAUGUUGACAAAAUAAGUGUAAAUUUUUAGUGUCUAUAAAACAAUGGGAGCUGCCAUGUUGUAACAUUUAUAAAUAGGUCACUAGAGUGUGCAGCCAAUAGCUGUGUGUAAUAUAACAGUGUUCUGCGCUUCCAUUUCUAACAGGAACUGAAAAGCUCACAAUGUCAGAAUGGAAUUACAUGAAAAGGGGACAAAACAAAUAAAGUAUAUUUUGUUUAUAUAUAUAUAUACACACACACAAUUUAUCAUGUUAUAUUACCAUCUCAAAGUGUUUAAUGCUCCUUUUAAUACUAUAUAUAACUUUUAUUUCAGCUCAGUGAUUGUACCAAUCUCUAGUAGCAUGGAAUAGGACUUUUGGCUGAUCAACAUUUUAAAUAAGGAACUCUCCGUUGUUCAAUGUCAAUCAUUUAAUGUGUUAACGAUUUUUGGGGUCACCCAUGUCCUCGGACUCGCUCACAGUACAAUAUUUACUUGUAUAUAUAAGUUCCCCAUCACUGUGCAUCCUGCGAGCUCCACAGCGUCAUCCAUGCACAACUGCGCAUGCGCAUAAGUGUGGAGCGUUCAAGCAUUCAUACCUAAAAAGUAAAAACCAAACCAACUCUCUAAAAAAGCCUGGCACACUAGAGUAAUCUAGUAGCAGUGUAUCCGUAACAUAUUUAACGCCUAUAACUGCAGUUCACGCUAUACUAAUACUACAAGUUUACUGAAAACGGACCAAAAUCUCAAAUGUUUACCUAAUCUCCUGAAUCAUACAGAGUGCGCUCACUAGUAUUCCUUUAAGUUCACAUUACAUAAGUUCAUUCACUGAACCCUUUCAACAGCCGCCAUAGUUCACAACCCUUACACUAAACCUCAUACCAAAUUUUAUCUUCUUAAAUUCUACACUGUCCCAAUAUGGACUAACUUCCUAAGACAAUACCAGCCCCCUUCACAUUACUCAACUAAUUCAUAGAAAACAAUGAAAAUCCAACUGCAUAUUCAGCCCAUUUUGGGCUUGAAGUAUCCAAAUUAUAAAUUGAUUUGGAUUCCCUCUGCAAUAGAAGCUUCCCCCUCUAGGAAGGGGGCAUGGUCAAUAAUGAUAUAUCUCAAAUCAGCUACUUUGAUGGCAGCCUGGAUAGCUGAUUGGUGGUUAGCCAUUCUGGUUUGUAGAUCAUCCUGGGUCUUACCCACACAAAAUUUUCCACAUGGACAGUGUAACAUAUAAAUUAUGUACCUGGUGGUGCAUGUGACCCUUUAUCUGAUCUCAUAUCUCUUGUUCUUCCACAGAUGUGAUGGGGAACUUAUAUAUGUAAGUAAAUAUUGUACUGUGAGUGUGUCUUGAAUAAUGAAGAGUGCCUUCUUUAUACAGUUUUAUUAUUCAUUUUUUGAAGCGCACCCCACCGGUUAAUGAGUGAAAGUGAGUGCUGGAUCCAAGAGGUGUGUAUAUAUAUAUAUAUAAAUGUAAUUUGAUGCAAUGUUAUUGUAGGUCAGAAAAAUAUUAUAGUAUGUCUCCCAUGUUGUAUAUUGGACCAUGGUGUUAUUGUAUUACUUGCUUUUUGCAAAACCUUGCAAUUAAAAAGGUAAAAAAAUA